AUGCGCCGAGCUGAGGUGAUAGAGAAACUCGAGGACGAGGUUCGUUGUCUCCGUGCCAGCUCUGCGGUGACAGGUCGAACACUGGCCGCAGUGCCACCUCAGAGUACAAGUGAUCCACCCCAGGAAGAAGGGGAGACGCUUCAGGUGCAGGCACCAAUCGAGUACCGAGCUGCACGAGUCGCAGCCGAAGAAGUCCCGAGGCCGACACUUGAAAGAACACAGCAGAUUCACGCGAGACAGCCUCCGACCGACCUGGUUGUGUCCCUGACAUCCUUAUUUUUCCGGCAUAUCCAUCCAUGGUUUCCCUUCUUGGACGUCCAGCGGGUCUGUCUCGAGCUAAGCUGGUCGGAAAAUCCUACAUUGCUCCAUUAUGCGCUUUUCGGCCUGACUUUACCAUACUCGUUUGAUUCUCGACUGGAUCAAAGAUCCAGUGAUUCAUUUUGGAAGUAUACCAAGCGCCGCAUAUUUUUGGAGGUACUCGAAGAACCCUCUUUUAGUGCUUUGGAGGCACUCACGAUUCUGACUCUCGAUUUGUCUGGUAUGACCAAUGGCCCUCAGGUCUGGGGAGCCUUGGCGAUCGCCACCACGCUUUUAACGCAACUAGAUCACAAAGACUCCCGCGUUUUUCGGACAUCUAUUGCGGAUCAUGGGAGCAGUGCGCUGAACAAAGUGGAUUCGCUGUCCCGAGAAACCCUCUUCUGGGCAAUAUAUGCUCUCGAUUGCUACAUCUCGAUCACCACGAGUCGUCCAUCUUGUCUGACGGAGGACCAAUUGAAAAGUGCCUCUCUAUCGCGAGAGCGUCUCUGGCAACAGACCUCCUGGGAAGUGCAGGCCGGCAUGAGUUUUAUACCGAGCCUGGCUUGGAAACACCAGCUGGAGCUACUUGACUUUUCCAGAAAAGCACACGCACUGUACCUGGAAUGGGUCUCCCUAGACCGGCGCGUCGACAAUAUCUACCGCUGGCUCAACCAAGCUGGAGAGCUUUCUGCAGAGCUGGCUGAAUGGGCCUUGACCAUCCUGCCAUCUCUGCAGCUGUCCGUACAAACCGACCACAAGUACACCGCAACUGCACGCAGUUUGCCAUCGAUCUCGCUACUGCACGCAUACUAUCACGCUCUUGUCAUCCAUGUACAUAGUAUGAUGAGCGACCCAGCUUACGAAGCUCUCUUGGGUGAGCCUUUCGCCAAUACAAAAAAGGACAGCGAAGUCCGCUGCCUCAGAAGCAUUUGUCUUCUCAGUGAGAUUGUAUCCGGCGACACAGAAAAGGACUUUGACAAGCUCGGGUGGCCUUUCGCGUGGUCCGUAUGGGUGGGUGCUCGCUAUCUUCUCGCGCUGGAGGCGCGAGAAAUGAAUCCACAUUCUUCGAAGCUUGCAACCUUGCUGGACGCUUUGCAAAGCCUGAGCCGGUAUUGGCAAAUCAGUGGAAAGUACUUCAGACUACUCAAACAAGGGAUCAAGGAGGUUCACACGGGAGAUUGUACCAAUACACCUAACAAACAGGGGAUCCUCCCAUCUUUGGUUGACUUUCGCAUUGCGACUUCAGACUUGGAAGAUCUCUUCAGAGCUGAUCCCAUAGUUCAGUUUGUGUCACCGGGAGAAGCUGGCGAACUAACGGCUGACACGCAUGACUACGUCGCGGCUGCUGAAGCGCAGCAAACGCAGUCCAAUCCGGCUGAUGACUCCUGCUCCCAUUUCAAUUUUCAAGCAGCGGACAACUGGUUCAAUGUUCCAUUAUUUGCAUCCUCGGCUUAUCAAAAUGAUUUUCAUGUGCCAUCGCAGCCCUGCUAA